AUGCUGCCGCCCGCGCCCUCCCUCCUCGGGCUGCUGCUGCUGCUGCUCCUGUGUCCCGCGCACGUCGGCGGACUGUGGUGGGCGGUGGGCAGCCCCUUGGUCAUGGAUCCUACCAGCAUCUGCAGGAAAGCGCGGCGGCUGGCAGGGCGGCAGGCUGAGUUGUGCCAGGCCGAGCCAGAGGUGGUGGCGGAGCUAGCCCGGGGCGCCCGGCUCGGGGUGCGGGAGUGCCAGUUCCAGUUCCGAUUCCGCCGCUGGAACUGCUCCAGCCACAGCAAGGCCUUUGGGCGCAUCCUGCAGCAGGACAUCCGGGAGACGGCCUUCGUGUUCGCUAUAACGGCCGCGGGCGCCAGCCACGCCGUCACGCAGGCCUGCUCCAUGGGCGAGCUGCUGCAGUGCGGCUGCCAGGCGCCCCGAGGGCGGGCCCCGCCGCGUCCCCCGGGCCUGCCCGGCACCCCUGGGCCCCCCGGCCCCGCCGGCUCCCCCGACGGCAGCGCCGCCUGGGAGUGGGGGGGCUGCGGCGACGACGUGGACUUCGGGGACGAGAAGUCGAGGCUCUUUAUGGACGCGCGGCACAAGCGGGGACGCGGAGACAUCCGUGCGUUGGUGCAACUGCACAACAACGAGGCCGGCCGGCUGGCCGUACGGAGCCACACGCGCACCGAGUGCAAGUGCCAUGGGCUGUCGGGCUCGUGCGCGCUGCGAACCUGCUGGCAGAAGCUGCCCCCGUUCCGGGAGGUGGGCGCGCGGCUGCUCGAGCGCUUCCACGGCGCCUCGCGUGUCAUGGGAACCAACGACGGCAAGGCUCUGCUGCCCGCGGUCCGCACUCUUAAGCCGCCGGGCCGCGCCGACCUGCUCUACGCCGCCGACUCGCCCGACUUCUGCGCUCCCAACCGGCGCACCGGCUCGCCGGGCACGCGCGGCCGCGCCUGCAACAGCAGUGCCCUGGACCUCAGCGGCUGUGACCUGCUGUGCUGCGGCCGCGGGCACCGCCAGGAGAGCGUGCAGCUCGAGGAGAACUGCCUGUGUCGCUUCCACUGGUGCUGUGUGGUGCAGUGCCACCGCUGCCGCGUGCGCAAGGAGCUCAGCCUCUGCCUCUGA